AUGGGUAAAUCCAAUGGAACAGUAAUUCCUGUGCAGGCAACUACAGUAAAUCCUGGACUUGGCAAUGUCUAUGAGAUGCAAUUCAAAUUGAUGCAGGCUGCUAUUACUACCAUAGAGCAGGCCAAGGAGAACGAAUUGAGUAAUGAACAGUUAGAGCAAGCAAUUGUACCAAGAGAGUCUGGGGAUCUAGAGGAGGUACCAAUGGAGUCUGGAACUGAUAAAAUCAUGCAAUUGCAUCUCAAUGUUCCAUUGAGGACUCCACUUCAGCAUCUGCAUGAUCUUGUUACACAUAAUGUGGUACCAAUUGAUGAAGAAAUCCUAGGCCAAAAUACAAUGGAGGAUGAAGGAGAUGAUGAAUCAACUGUUGAAAAUUUCAAGCAAGUGGCUAGGGAAGGGGACCAAUCACCUACAGCCAGUGCUAAGGGAGGCCUUCCUAGAGUGAGAAAUAUGAAUAAGGAGCAUAAUUUUUGUGUAGUUGCACUGAUGGAACCUUUUCAAAAGAAAGGAUUCAUUAAUAGAUAUAGAAGAAGGCUGAAUAUGGAGACUGCUUAUGCAAAUAUUAAUGGGCAAAUAUGGUUAUUUUUUGAUUCAGUAGUAGAAUGGGAACUGGUGGAGGAUACUAAACAACAAGUAACUGUGGAAGUGUUUCAUCAUGAGUUGGGACAGCACAUGAUGAUUACAUUUGUCUAUGCCAAAUCUUCAGCAAUGGAGAGACUACAAUUGUGGGAUCAUUUGUACUAUCUAGCAAGUGAUAUGGAGCUUCCAUGGUUGGUAGGAGGAGAUUUUAAUGUAGUGUUGCAUAAAGAUGAGAAGAUAGGGGGACUGCCUGUACAUCCUCCUGAAUAUGAGAACUUUGCCUUUUGUGUAAACUCUUGUGGUUUGUUUGAACAAGGGUACAAAGGGAGUCCAUUUACAUGGUGGAAUGGGAGACCUAAUGCUCAGUGUAUAUUCAAGAGGCUGGAUAGAAUAUUUGUGAAUUUGCCUUUUCAGAAUAUGUUGCCUACUAUUGAAGUGGAACACCUUAUUAGAACUGGUUCAGAUCAUGCUCCUUUGCUGAUGACUUGUGGUGAGCAAACUGAGGUGGUGAAGCAGAAUUGGGAAGCUGACUUCAUAGGUGAUCCUUUUCUUAUAUUCAAGCAAAAACUCAAGAAAGUAAAGGCAGCUCUAUCAAAGAGGAGUAGGGACACUUUUGGAGAUAUAUUCAAGCAAUUGGCUAUACUGGAAGAUAUAGUUAAGGUCAAGGAGAUGCUAUUUGAGGAGGAACCAACAAUUGAAAAUAGAUUUGUACUACAAAAGGCUCGAUUAGAGUUGAAGAAAUAUCUGAGCAUAGAGGAGCAAUAUUGGAAGCAAAAGGCUGGUCUGAAUUGGUUUGCUGAAGGGGACAGGAACACUAGCUUUUUUCACAAUCAUGUGAAUGGAAAAAGAAAGAAGCUGCAAUUGAAAAGGAUCCAAAAUUCUAGUGGGGUGUGGAUCGAAAAUCAAGAGCAAAUGGCUGAUGUUGCAAAUAUGGAGUUAAGUAGGCUGCCAACAUUUGAAAAAGUGGAAGGAGCUGUGUUUGAACUAAGUGGGGAAAGUGCUGGUGGUCCUGGUGGAUUUACUGGUUUGUUCUAUCAAUCUUGCUGGGAUAUCGUUGGUAGAGACAUACAUAAUAUGGUAAUGCACUUUUAUGGGGGAGCAACACUGCCAAAAUCCAUAACACACACUAAUCUAGUCUUAUUGCUAAAGAAGCUUAGAGUGGAGACUUUUUCUGACCUAAGACCUACCAGUUUGAGCAAUUUUACUAGCAAGGUGUUGUCUGGGGUGCUACAUGACAGAUUGAAGAAGUUUCUGCCAUUACUGAUAUCUCCUAAUCAAUCAGGAUUUGUGAAGGGUAGGAGUAUCUUUGAGAACAUAUUAUUGACACAAGAGAUAGUGACAGAUAUAAGGCUAAGGGGCAAGCCAGUUAAUGUGGUUAUUAAGCUGGAUAUGGCUAAGGCUUAUGACAGAGUUUCAUGGAAAUAUUUGUUACAUGUGUUGAGAAGGAUGGGAUUUUCAGAACAUUUCAUUAACAUGGUUUGGAAUUUGGUGUCAAACAAUUGGUAUUCUGUAUUGGUGAAUGGACAAGCUUCAGGAUUUUUCAAGUCAACUAGAGGGGUAAAGCAAGGUGAUCCCCUAUCUCCAGCAUUGUUCAUACUAUCAGUUGAGGUGUUAUCAAGAUCAUUAAACAAACUGUUUGAUGAUAAAUCUUUUGUGGGGUUUGGGAUGCCUAAAUGGUUUGAUCCUUGA